AAUAUAACGUAUUUUUUCUUACACUGUACAACAAUAAUUACUAAUUUUGCAUUCUUGUAAUGGGUAGGUUUAGGGUUGGGAUUGGUGUAGACGUUAAUAAAACACAAUCUAAUAAGUAGAAAAUUAAAUGUACUGUUAGCUUCCGGUCUGUGCGGUAUCCCGUCUAGUAGCCACAACCCCAGAAGUUCGAGCGCAGCACCCGAGUGAAGCAAAAUGGCGGAGCUCGAGGAUGUUACGUUAGACGGCAAACCGCUUCAUUCGCUCCGUGUGGCGGAUUUAAAAACCGCCCUGGAGCAGAGAGGGCUCGCCAAAAGUGGACAGAAAAAUGCACUUAUCAAACGGCUGAAAGGGGCUCUUAUGUUGGAGAAUCUCCAACGAACAUCUACUCAAAACAUUGGUCUUCAGCCCAACUCUCAGAUUGGAGAGGAGAUGAGUCAGAACAGCUUUAUAAAGCAGUACCUGGCCAAACAGCAGGAGCUCCUCCGACAGAGACUGGAGAGAGAAGCUCGAGAGGCCACCGAGGCAGAUGAGACACAGAGUCCUGCUGGCCCUGAGACGGAUGAACACACGACAACCAAAGAUGGCACUUCUUUUCUGCCAGAUAAACAUCACAUCAUACACUCUCAUCUGUCUGCAACCCAAUCGGGUGGUGGAGGGUUGCCACAGGACCCUGGGUUAAUGGGAUCACACAGGUUGGAUACAGGCCCUGUUCCAGUGUCUCAAGAGUCAGCUGACUCCAAAGCUGGAAGGAUACGGCAUCCUUCUUUCCCUCCUGGGCACGAAGAGGUCGCAACACCUUCUCCUCCACGUGCAGUCGCCUCCUUGUCUGUGCGUGUUGUUGGACAACCUGAGCGUCAAGGCCUGCCUCUCAUGAUGCCCCGUUCUCAAGAGAGAGAGGGAACGGCCCCGGUCGAAGCAGGUCCUGCCCACUCAGUGUUGCAGCUCAGCCGUUCCGCGAGGGCCGCAGCUUGUGCUCAAGUUGAUAGUGAUGACAGUGAUGAGGAUGAUGAUGACAGUGAUGAUAAUAAUGAGUGGGGUCCUACCUCUCAUGUAAAAAAGAGCAUCCGGACUCCUCCUGUUCACACUCCACCAGCUGCAGCCCCCCAACGAUCCCGCAGAAAGCUUCAGCCACCACAGCACAUCCCUCCCCAGCCUCAACCGGUCCACCAGCCGCCUCUGCAGCUCCGUCAGCCUACUCCUCCCCCAUCCCCACCUCCAGAGCUCUCUUUCCCACUCCCCGACACUCCCAAACAGAGCCCAAAUGACCAAGAUGAGCCAGCAGGCCUAGCAGAAGGUGCUGCCCCAGGGGCAGGCGUGGCCUCUCCUCCAUCCCUCAACAGACAGGAGUCCAGCUCCAGUUCUAGAUCCAGCAGCCCAGAACCACGCACACGCAGACCUGGACCACUUAGCCUGCUGGUCCACAAAAUGGAAUCUGAAGGUGUGUUUGGCGCACAGAGGGUAGAGCUCGAGGAAGAAGGAGAGAUGGAAGUUGAAAAGCAGCAAGAUGGUGAAGCAGAAGUGCAAGACUCCGCUCAGCAGCUUGUCAGGCCAGGGGUGUCUGUGUCAGCACCCACAAUGCCCCCUGCUCAACAAGAUGCUCAAGACUCUGGACUCUUGGAGCAGAGGAGAGGUAAGCAAAAAAGUGAGGAAAGGGAGAAAGUGGAUGAGACCUCUGCACCAUUCCAUUUGACGUCACCCACCACUCUCCCACCUAGAAGUCCACACAUUUUCUCAGAGGUUCCACCACCUGAUUCACUUGCAUCGUCCUCCAAACCUGAGCAGAUGUCGGUCCUCACAUCAGGGCCGAAGUCCUCUGAAGAUACUGGUAUGGAGACAGAAGCCUCUGCAACGACGUCUGAUUCAAAAAAACACGAGGAAGACACAGAAGUGAAAGUUGUAGAGAAAAAGCCACCUAAACCAGCAGAGGAAAGGGGACAGGCCCUAAAAUCUCCUCACUCUACAUCUGCAGAAAGAGAAACGGAUGAAACAAGGGACCGUUCACUGAGAGAAAAAGUUAGUGAACGACGCUCUUCAACGCCAAAGCAGGCAUCAUCAUCUGACUCUGAUUCAGAAUCAUCAUCCUCUCAUUCUUCAAGCUGUCCUACACAGAAUAAACCCAGCCCACCCAGCAAAAAAAAGGACGAGAAAGAGAACAGAAGAGAAGAUAUUCAAGAAGAAAAAAAGGCUCAAUCUUCAAGGGAGGUAAAGCAGGAAGCUCUCUCUGAGCCUGCAGGCCAAGUUGCGAUGGAACUGGAGGGCCGCUCUCUUUCAGAGCGCGCUAUACAGCAGUCUGACCACCAGGGAACAGAGACCAGCAACACCCGCCCAGAGGAGAGCUCUGCCGUAAAAUCAUUUGCUGCCCGCAAGAUCUCCCUCAGCAGUAAAACAGAAAUAGCGUCGUCUGAGGCAGAGCCAGUGGGUGGAGCCAGCAGGAAAAGAAGAUGGGGUUCUAGUACAGCUGUCACUGCCAAGAAGCCGUCAAUCAGCAUCACCACUGAAUCGCUGAAGACUCUAAUUCCAGACAUCAAGCCCCUACAGGAGUUGGUGGUCGAGCUGCACCCAGAUGAGGGGCGUCUCUCUGUGGAUGAGGACUUAUCCGGGCCUCGUGAGCGAGAGGAACCAGAGGAGGAUCAGGGACUCAAGAUCAGACGCACAGUGACACAGAUUGUUCCAUCUGAUGGACAGGAGAAUGGGCAGAAAGACAUGGAGGAGGAGGAGGAGGAUGAAGAAGAGCAGAAGUGGACUAAAGGAGAGACAGAAAAACAAAGGAAACAGGAGAGCUCCCCUGACGCUUCCAUGGAAAUACAUGACGGCGAGUCCAAGAAAGUCACUCCCAGUGAUUCUUUGGUUCGCCGCUCCAUCAGUCAGCAGAACUCAGGCGUGUCCAUAACUAUUGAUGAUCCCAUACGGACGGGUCGCCAGCUCUCUCCUCCUCGCGGAAAAACUUCCAACAUCAUACACGUCCACAAUCUGGUGCGACCUUUCACCUUAGGGCAGUUGAAGGAGUUGUUAAAUCGGACAGGUAAAUUGGUGGAGGAGGGUUUCUGGAUUGAUAAGAUCAAGUCUCACUGCUGUGUCACAUACUCCACUGUAGAGGAAGCUGUGGCCACUCGAGAAGCACUGCAUGGUGUGAAAUGGCCUACAAGUAAUCCCAAAGUACUACGUGUGGAUUUUUGCGAGCAGGAUGAGUUGGACUUCCAUAAAGGUAUCGUGUCCAGUGACCGUGCAGUUGAAGGUCAUGACCCUCACGCCUCAGGAACUUCAGCUCGCCCUGCCGCCCAUCACCCACUUCCACCUGCAAAUCACGAAAAAGAGAAGGAACGAGAAAGAGAGCGAGACGGAGGAGCCUUAGCUGUGAGAGACCAGUGGGCAGAGAGGGAAAGAGCGAUGGAGAGGAGAGAGAGGACCCGUUCUGAGCGGGAGUGGGACCGGGAUAAAAUCAAGGACUUCGGGAAGGAAGACCGAGACCGAACGAGAAGGUCACGAUCGCGAGAGCGAAGACGCAGAGAGAGAGGCAAGAGCAAAGAGAAGAGAACAGAGAAGAAGGAUAAACCAGAAGAGCCACCUGUAAAGCUUCUUGAUGACCUGUUCCACAAAACUAAAGCAGCUCCCUGUAUAUACUGGUUACCCCUCACAGACGAACAGGCGACACAAAGAGCUCUAGAGCGUGCUGAGCGCAUAAAGGAGCGAGAGAAGAGGAGGAAGGAACUCCAGGAGGAAGAAGACAAAAAACAAGAAGAACAGAAAGAGCGAGCAAAAGGUCGCGAUAGAGAGGGUGGUAAUGCAGGUGUUGUGAGACGUUCAACUGAGGGAGAGCGAGACAGAGGGAAGGAAAGAGAGAGAGAAGGGGGCAGAGAGGCAGAAAAGAGGAGAGACGGCCACAGAGGCCACGGUAGCGACUCCAAACCUGUAGUGGGGAGCAGACGCUCACAGAGCCGUAGCAACACCUCCAGAGACAGACGACACUGAGUGCACGAGCGUGGAUGGGUUUGUAAGAUCAGAGUCGUCAGCAUGGUGACAGCUCCAAGGAUGAUGAAUGCAUGAUGGAUUGGUCACCCUAAAAAAAAUUACGUUUUGUCAUCUAUUCACCCAUGUUUUUUAUGGAAAAUAAGGUAUUUAAAAAAAAAAAAAAAUAAAUAAAUAAAUAUAUAUAUAUAUAUAUAUAUAUAUAUAUAUAUAUAUAUAUAAUAUGUGUAUGAUUCAGCUUUUUUUGUCCAUACAAUGAAGUCGGAAUAACACUUUAUUUGUAUUGCCAAAAAUAAAAAGUAAUUUUGCUGAAAAAAUAAAAUAUUUACCUGUUUCAUAGAAGAAAUGGGUUUGGAAUAACAUGAGGGCGAAAGACAACCUAUUUGUUUUUUUAUAUCCCUUUAACAUUUAUUUUUCCUAAUUAUGUCAUCAGUGUUUCACAGCACCUGCACACGUCUCAGUCACUCAGUUUUAAACUUUUUUUUUUUUUUUUUGGUCUUUCCAUAAAUCUCAAUUGAAGCGGGACUUAUCCCAAUAGAGGGACUGCUGAAAGUUAUGUUCAAAGUAAAAAAAUAAUCUUAUGGAUGUGUGUGUUUUAGUGUGCUGUCUAAAGCUCACAAAGUCAAAAGAAACUAUGAGAAUAUGAGUCAUAUUUUCCCUCUCUCCAUUCCGGAGUCGUCUUUUAUUCAUAGUUUAACUAGUGCCACUUAAGGCUAUAGGGUCAUUAAUUCAUUGUGUAAUUAUGGGAUUUCUUUUUCUUUUUAGCCACUGUAUUCAGAUUCAAUUAAUAUAUUUCCAAAUAUAUUUAAUUCUAAAUUAAAAGUCCCCUAUCCAGAUGUUUGGGCCACUGUUGUGAGUUAAUGGAGUCAGUCCUGCCGUUGACGCUGAUCUCACUGAAGGUUUUUUCAUAAGGUCUGAGUUUAUUAAAAUGACUACUGAAUUUCCAAUGCUAUGAACCACACUGUAGAUUCAUUUGUUAGAUUCUCUUCUCCACCCUCCUCUGUUCUUUUCCCUGGUCUUAUGAAGUUUACUGUUCAACUCUGAAUCAGACAAGGUAUAAAAUUGACCUUUAUAGAGAAGAUAGCAAGAGGCCUUUUAAUAUUAUUUUAAUGUUGUAGUUUUGAAGAUCUAUUUCAAAAGAUUCUCUUUUUGGAUUAUUUUCUUUAUGAAUGUGCAGAAUGUAAAAAGAAUAAUAAAACAAUAAGAAGGAAAUUGUU